AUGAAAAAAUUUGAUACUUUGGAUUUUAUUCCAACUAUUAGUGAUAGUGAAGAAGAUGUUCCAGAUUUAGAUCUAUCUGAUGAAGAAUUAGGUUCUUCUGUAGUAGUUAACACCACUAAUCACAAAGAACAGAAGAAAGGUUUAACAAAAAAUAAAAAUAAAAAUCGUGAGGAAUUAGAUGAAGAUGUUCAUGAGGAUAUUAAUACUGAUUUUACAUUCCAUUUAGACGAUUCAAACCAAUAUGAUACGAAGUUUGAUGGUUGGAAUUUUGACGGUGAUAAUGAUGAUAAUGGAACAAACAAUGAUAAAAAAGAUGUUGAUUUAGAUAAAAUCAUUAGAAGAAAAGGUGGACUAAUUAAAAUGGCUCACAUUGAAUCCGAUAAUGAUGAUGAUGAUGAAAAGGAGAAGGAUAGUGAGGAAGAACCAGAAGCACAUCAAGAUAAGGACGAAGAUGAUGAUGAAUUGGCUAUGGAUGGUUUUGGGAUGGGUGCUCCAAUAAAUGCUAGUGAAAACGAAAGUGAUGAAGAUGAAAAUGAGAAUUCCGAAACUGAUUCCAAUCAGGACUAUACAAGUAUAUCAGGGGAUGAUGAUGUCGACGAUAAAGGCAUCGAUGAACAAGAAGAUAAUGAGGAAGACGAAGAAGAUGAUUCUGCAGAGGCUAAGGCUGAAUUUUAUGCUCCAGAAACUGAAGGUGAAGAAGCAAAACAACAAAUUCACAAAACGUUUAAUUCAUUAUCAUUAUCACGUCCAGUGUUGAAGGGUUUGAGUCAGUUGGGGUAUGUUAAACCAUCUCCAAUCCAAAGUGCCACUAUUCCAAUUGCUCUUUUAGGUAAGGAUAUUAUUGCUGGGGCUGUAACUGGUUCUGGUAAGACAGCCGCAUUUAUGAUUCCAAUCAUUGAACGUCUUUUAUUUAAACCAAGUAAAAUCGCAUCUACAAGGGUUGUUGUGUUAACACCAACUCGUGAAUUGGCCAUUCAGAUUUCAGAUGUAGCCAAAAGAAUUGGUAAAUUUGUUAGUGGUUUAACAUUUGGUCUUGCUGUUGGUGGUUUGAAUUUAAGACAACAAGAACAAGCUUUAAAGACAAGACCUGAUAUUGUUAUUGCUACACCAGGUAGAUUUAUCGAUCAUAUCAGAAAUUCUGCUUCAUUUAAUGUCGAUUCAGUAGAAAUUUUAGUUUUGGAUGAAGCAGAUAGAAUGUUAGAAGAAGGGUUCCAAGAUGAAUUAAAAGAAAUCAUGACAUUGUUACCAGGUAAAAGACAAACAUUAUUAUUUUCGGCAACAAUGAAUUCUAAGAUUAAACAGUUGGUAUCUUUGUCUCUAAAAAAACCUGUUAGAAUUAUGAUUGAUCCACCAAAACAGGCUGCAUCUAGAUUAACUCAGGAAUUUGUUCGUAUUCGUAAAAGAGACCAUUUGAAACCUGCCUUAUUAUUCAGUUUAUUAAGAGAAUUAGAUCCACAGGGACAAAGAAGAAUUGUUGUCUUUGUUGCAAGAAAAGAAACUGCACACAGAUUAAGAAUUAUCUUAGGUUUGUUAGGUAUGAGUGUGGCAGAAUUACACGGUUCUUUAACACAAGAACAACGUUUGGAUUCUGUCAAGAAAUUUAAAAGUCUUGAAGUUCCGGUUUUGAUAUGUACAGAUUUGGCUUCUAGAGGUUUAGAUAUUCCAAAGAUUGAGGUUGUUAUUAAUUAUGAUAUGCCAAAGACCUAUGAAAUUUACUUACAUAGAGUUGGUCGUACUGCCAGAGCAGGUAGAGAAGGUCGUUCUGUCACUUUUGUUGGGGAAUCGUCUCAAGAAAGAAGCGUAGUUAGGGCGGCUAUAAAAAGUGUAGAGGAUACAAAUAAAACCAAUAACAAUUCUGGAAGAGCAUUAGGUAGAAAUGUUAAUUGGAGUAAAGUAGAAGAAAUCAAUAGUUUGGUUGAUAAAUCUAAAGACGUUGUUGAGGAAAUCUUGGUAGAAGAAAAAGAAGAAAAAGAAAUAUUGAGAGCAGAAAUGGAAUUAAAAAAGGGUGAAAACAUGUUGAAAUACAAGGACGAAAUUCAAGCAAGACCCAAGAGAACAUGGUUCCAAACUGAAGCAGAAAAGAAGAACGCUAAAGUACUUAAUGUAUUAGCUAAGCAGAAAAAGACGGUUAAUAGCAAAAAGAGGAAGAGAGAAGAAGCAUUAGAAGUAGGUGGAAGGUUGUAUAAGAAAACACAAAAAGACCGUAUUAAAGAUCAAUUAAGAAGCCAAAGGGGUAAAAAGUCAGGAAAAAGCGGUAAGAAGAAAGGGAAAAAAUGA